CUCCACGGCGUCCUUGGCCUCCAUGUCGCUGCUGCCGCAGCAGUCCUCGGGCGCCGCCACGGCCGCGCCCACACCGUCAGCCUCCCAGGCGCCCAUCUCGCCGGUGCCGUCGCUGCUCAACCAGCAGCAGCAGCCGAACUCCUCGGCGGACGACCUCUCGUCGCCGGCGUCGUCGCACAAGCAGCCGCCGCAGCUGCCGGCGCAGGAGCGCACCGCGCCGGGAAUGCUGAACAACCGCUCGCUGGUGCUGCACCACGGCAGCACGUUGACGCUGCAGCGCGGCACAAUGCGGCCGCACAUGCAGCAGAUGCGCAUCUCGCGCAAGCAGCGCGUGAAGAACUACCUGCGCCACGAGCUGGCCAAGUUCUUCGGCGUGGACACGAUGGACGAGGAGCACGAGCGCAUCAAGUGGUCGGAGCGCCAGAAGCGCCUGGCGCUGCGGCGCUUCGGGCCGCUUAACGAGAACGCCGAGGGCGGCGCAUUCCCCAGCGGCGAGCGGCGUGAACAGCACGGCGACAGGCCAGAUAUUCUGCCCGCUCAGACGUCCGAGGAGAUGAGCGUGCGCCAUCUGAACGCCGAUCGGCGGGCGGCUGGCGAGGCCAUCGAGAGGAAGGCGUCGGUGGCGAAGAUGGCCUGGCAGGGCGUCACGUACAUCAUCCACGCGCUGAGCAAGAAGAAUCCGCGCUCCACGUUCCAGUGGUCCAGGAGCUUCGCGCCGCUGCACUGCACGAGCCAGGAGGACCUGAACAGCGACAUGUGCGAGGGAUUGUCGCCUCUGCAGGACGACGAGGUGUUCUUCGACUCUCCCUCGACGCCAGGCGCAGCGCCGGCGACCAAUGGGAGCGUGACCAGCGCGCCGGGACGGCAGCAGAGCGGCCAGAUGAUAGACAACGCGCGGCCGAUUUACAUGGGAGAGCGCGUUCACGGCUGGCGGACAAAGUCUACGGAGUCACAGCUGAUGGGGCAACGUAGCCGCGGCCAGAGGAUCUCGUCGCAGUGUCUCGACGGAGUGGUGGACAAUUCCCGUCGCCCGCUGACGCACUCCCUGAAGCUGCUGCGUGCGCACGAGCUGGACGAUCGCCACGACUAUCGGCCAUUUUUCACGUACUGGAUCAACACGGUGCAGAUCCUGGUGCUCAUCAUCUCGCUCAUCUGCUACGGCGUGGGCCCCAUCGGCAUUGGUAUCGAGCAGAAGAGCGGCCAGGUGCUGGUGACCAGCCUGUCGCUGCAGCAGGUGCAGCACACGGAGCAGCGCAACGUGUGGAUUGGGCUGCGCAACGAUGAUCUGGUGCAUCUGGGCGCCAAGUUCGCCGCGUGCAUGCGGCGCGACAAGAAGAUCCUCGACGUGACGGCCAAGACGCGACGGCAGGAGCGCGAGACGGCGUGCUGCAUCCGGAACGACGACUCCGGGUGCGUGCAAAGCUCACAGGCGGAUUGCAGCAUCCGCGGCCUGUGGCCCACCAAGUCCAUCUCCACGUGGAAGAAGUGGUCGCCGGGCGACUCGGGCCCCGGCGGCCGCAUCUCCGGCUCCGUGUGCGGCCUCGACCCGAAGUACUGCGACGCGCCGGCGUCCAUUGCGCCGUACGAGUGGCCGGACGACAUCACCAAGUGGCCGAUCUGCCGCAAGACGAACGCCUUCUCGCAGCGCUUCCGCUUCAAGGACCACACGGCGGAGCACAUGGUGUGCGAGGUGAUCGGCCAUCCGUGCUGCACGGGCGUGUACGGCGAGUGCAGGAUCACGACGCGCGAGUACUGCGACUUCGUGAGCGGCUACUUCCACGAGGAGGCCAGCCUGUGCAGCCAGGUGAGCUGCCUGAACGACGUCUGCGGCAUGUUCCCCUUCAUGGCGCCCAACUAUCCCGACCAGUUCUACCGCCUCUUCACGUCGCUCUGCCUGCACGCCGGCGUGCUGCACCUCGCCAUCACCGUUGCCUUCCAACACGUUUUCCUCGCCGACCUCGAGCGCCUCCUCGGCCCCAUUCGCACCGCCGUGCUCUACAUUUGCUCCGGCAUCGCCGGCAACCUCACCAGUGCCAUCUUCGUGCCCUACAAGCCGGAGGUGGGCCCUCUGGCGUCGCUGGCGGGCACGAUAUCUUCGCUGUCAGUGCUGCUGCUGCUCAUCCAUUGGAAGCAACUGAAGAAGCCACACUUAGCUCUAGUUAAAUUGUUAAUUAUCAUUGGCACAUUGUUCGGCAUCGGGACGCUUCCGUGGCAGCAGAAUUUCGCCGGUCUCAUCGCUGGGAUCGUCUCAGGAAUCGCGCUGACCGUGGCGCUCGUUCCCUUCGUCAGUCUCACCAAAUACGGACGCAAGAGUAAAAUUAAUCUCGUGUGGUCAAUAAUGCUGUUCUAUUUGGCCACUUAUGUGGCGAUGUUCGUCAUUUUCUACCUGUUUCCGUCAGCCUUCACCAAUCUCGGCUUCGGCGACGUGAUCAACGGCGGGACCAGUUUCGGGGGAAUCAACAAUAUUUACGGAAAUGGCGCGGGCGGCGCGCCCGGCGCCAAUGCGCCCCCUGCGGGCACUUCCGGAACUGGCGGCGGCGGCGGAAGCGUCUCUGGCGGCGCCAAGCAAAUGCUCCUCGGGCAGGCAUGAAAUUACUUCUCCGGAGUUUACACACUCCGUCGCACUUUCCGGUGAGCAUUUCGUGGACGACGCAUUAAUAAGUUAUGAAUAUUGAUGAGCAGAAGAAGGAAGAGAUAUGUAUUCGUGAAUCAAUAAUUAAAAUAAUAAUUUAAAAUAUAUU